AUGUCCGACUACGAAGACGCGUUCAAUGACGGUAAUGAGAACUUCGAGGAUUUCGACAUGGAGCAUUUCUCCGAUGAGGACGACGUUGCUGUCUCUGCGAAGCGGGAGGAGAACGGCAACGGUGCUGGCCCCAAUGGGGUGAAAGGUGAGGACGGGAAGAUGAUCAUUGCGUCGAACGCGGACGGGACUGCCGUCGAGGAGCACACGAGACGCAAGACGCUGAAGGAAAAGGCAAUCCCUCGGGACGAGCGGUCCACGACUCCGUACAUGACGAAAUACGAGCGGGCGAGGAUCCUCGGGACGAGGGCGCUUCAGAUAUCGAUGAAUGCGCCCGUGUUUGUCGACUUGGAGGGGGAGACGGACCCGUUGAAGAUUGCCACGAAGGAGUUAAUGGAGAAGAAGAUCCCGCUCGUGAUAAGAAGGUACUUGCCUGACGGAUCGUUUGAGGACUGGACCGUCGAGGAAUUGAUCGUGGACGUCUAA